ACGGGCGCAAAGCAUCGCGACUAAUGACCAGCGGCGAAAUGAGGCGGCACUGCCACUGGAUUUGCACGCAGUAGCGCAGCAUGCGGGAAAACGACGAGGUUUAAAAGCCUCUUAUGUGGAUGCGGCUUUUUGUUUUGUUUGUUUGUUUUUUAUUGCAUUCCUCAAAGACGUCAGCACAAAAGGGGUUUGAGGAGAAUGAUGGAAAAACGACGUCGCCUCAUGCAUGAGCCCGGGACGACGGGGACACGCUCCGGAGUGCUGGUCUAAAGCAGCAGAGGGCACAGGACGGGGGUAAGCACAGGUUGAUGCUCUGUCACGGACCAGACGAGUUUCGGGGUUUUCAUUGUGCUCGCGCUGGGGGCGGUUUACAGAUGCUGUCAUUGUGUUGCGCCUCCGUGGUGUGUGCGCGCGUGACGCUCUGCUAGUAGUCGUGUCGGAGUGAUGCGAGGCACCUCGUUGUUGCCCGCUGAUGGUCGUUUUUUCGUGGAAAAAACACAGCGAGAACGAUUUAGGAGAAGAGGCUCAGACUUCCGUGGACAAUCCCUGGAAAAUCUUGAACGGAGUAGAGCGCGCGCGCGCGCGCACGCUCGUGCCUGUUAUUAUGAAUUCUUACUUCUCUGAGUUUUGACACUUUGCAGAUUCAGGGCGAUUUGAGCAAAUCCAUUUGGAAACGGCGGCAUCGGGGGCCGUCUUUUUUUUUUUUUUUUUUAAAUAUCUGAAGUCCGUUAACGCGAGUACAGUUAAUGUCAGCAAUGGUGGAGCCUGUGGGUUUCAUUGAGGCCUGGAAGGCCCAGUUUCCAGAGUCUGAACCUCCGAAGAUGGAGCUGAGGUCCGUGGGAGGCAUCGAGCAGGAAUUGGAGAAGUGCAAGGCGUCCAUUCGGAGGCUGGAGAUGGAGGUGAACAAAGAGCGCUUCCGGAUGAUCUACCUCCAGACGCUGCUGGCUAAGGAGCGCAAGAGCUAUGACCGACAGCGCUGGGGCUUCAGGAGGGCUCAGAUGAGCGAGGGGGAGCUGCUGACAGGCGGAGUUGACCCCCAGCUCCGCCCACAGCACCCUCACGUGCAGGAGGUCGGCCAGAGGUUCCAGCCUGUCGGAGAGGGCAGGGCCAAGCCGCGGCCUCCUCCUGCCAGGAAGUCGGCCUCGCACGGAGACGGCACGGAGCCGCAGCCGGGCUUCGAGCCCCUCCCCCCAGGACAGGCGGGGGAGACAGACGGGCUUUCCCCGUCCAAGCAGAGGGGAGGGGUCUCCCCUCGCCGGUCUCACCCGCCCCCUGACAAGGAGCUCCCCACGGAUCCGUCCCCCAAGGACAAGCCGGGCAUGGGGCUUGGGGUGGCGGCUCUGCGCUCCAACUUCGAGCGGAUCAAGAGGACCAACUCGCACGCGGCAGGGGACGGAAAAGGCGCGGCGGAGAAGCAGACGUUCUACACCAACGUGGAGUUCCACCACGACCGGGGCCUGGUCCGCGUCAACGACCGCGACGUCUCGGACAAGAUCAGCGCCCUCGGGAGCCAGGCCAUGCAGAUGGAGCGCAAGCGUUCCCUUCACUCUCUCCCCGGCAACCUGGCCACGGUGGCGGGAGAGCUGCGCGCCAAGCCCGUCUACAGGGGGCGCUCCAGCGAGAGCACCUGCGGCUACGACGCGGAAUACGAGGACGGAGAGCCCAGCCCACGCUACGUCCGAGACGGCGCCGCACGUCCCAACGGGAGCAAGCCGCCCCCACCGCCAUGGCAACCGUCCGACUUCCAACCCUACAGCACCGUGUACGUGGGGGGCGUGGCCAGCGAGGGUGGAGACGGGCGGGCGGCGGCGGCACGGGAGCACGUGGGUGGAGCCGGAGGGGAUGAGCACCCCCUCACGUGGCCGCGGAGGUCGUACUCGCCCGGGAGCUUCGACGACUUGGGCGGCGGAGGCGGCGGCUACACCCCGGACUGCAGCUCCAAUGAGAACCUAACGUCCAGCGAGGAGGACUUCUCCUCGGGCCAGUCGAGCCAUGUGUCCCCUAGCCCCACGGCGGCCUUCCGCAGGCCCUUCCGCGAGAAGAGCCGCUCACCCUCGCAAAACUCGCAACACUCGCUGGACAGCAGCAGCCCGCCCACGCCCCAGUCCCAGAAGAGACACCGGCAGCAGCAGCACGUGGUGGUGUCCGAGGCCACCAUCGUGGGUGUCCGGAAGACCGGGCAGAUCUGGCCCCACGACGGAGACUCCACACCCUCUAGCAGGGCCUCCCAUGACAACAAUUACCACGGAGACCUCGAUGGUCCGUUCACGGGCACUCCUCCCACGUACGGGUACGACGCAGACCGGGCAGAGGAGCAGCGUCGUCACCAUGACGUCCUGCCCUACAUCGACGACUCGCCGUCCUCCUCGCCUUAUCUGAGCUCCAAGAGCCGCAGCAGCAGGGACACGCUGUCGUCCGGCUCGCUGGAGUCUGCCAAGUCCGCAGAGCUGGACCUGGAGAAGGGACUGGAGAUGCGCAAGUGGGUUCUGUCUGCCAUCCUGGCCAGUGAGGAGACCUACCUCAGCCACCUGGAGGCGCUGUUGCUGCCCAUGAAACCUCUGAAGGCCGCAGCGACCACGUCCCAGCCGGUGCUGACUGUCCAGCAGAUAGAGACCAUCUUCUUCAAAGUGCCCGAGCUCUACGAGAUCCACAAGGAGUUCUAUGACGGCCUCCUUCCCAGAGUGCAACAGUGGAGCCACCACCAGUGCGUAGGAGAUCUCUUCCAAAAACAAGCCAGCCAGCUGGGGGUGUACCGGGCCUUCGUGGACAACUACGAACUGGCAGUGGAGACUGCAGAGAAGUGCUGCCAAGCCAACGCGCAGUUCGCUGAGAUUUCUGAGAACCUGAAGGUACGAAGCACCAAGGAAUGCAAAGAUCAGACUGCCAAGUACUCACUGGAGACUCUCCUCUACAAACCGGUGGAUAGAGUGACCAGGAGCACACUAGUUUUACAUGAUCUAUUGAAGCACACCCCUUCCAGUCAUCCGGACCACCCACUGUUGCAGGAUGCCCUGCGUAUCUCUCAGAACUUCCUGUCCAGCAUUAAUGAGGAGAGCACACCGCGCCGGCAGGCCAUGACUGUGAAAAAGGGCGAGAAUCGGCAGCUCCUGAAGGACGGCUUCAUGGUGGAGCUGGUGGAGGGCACGAGGAAGCUCCGUCACGUCUUCCUCUUCACCGACCUGCUGCUGUGCGCCAAGCUUAAGAAGCAGAUCGGGGGGAAGAGCCAGCAGUAUGACUGUAAAUGGUACGUCCCUCUGCCUGAUCUGACCUUCCAGGCGUCAGAAGAGAGCGAGCCGCUCCCUAUCCCACAGGUCCCGGACGAGGAGCUCGACGCUAUUAAGAUCAAGAUCUCCUCCCUCAGGAAUGAGAUCCAGAGAGAGAAGAGAGCAAACAAAGGGUCGAAGGUCAUUGAGAGGUUGAGGAAGAAGCUGUCCGAACAGGAGUCCUUGCUGCUGCUAACCUCACCCAGCAUGGCGCUCCGAGUGCACAACAGGAACGGCAAGAGCUACAUGUUCCUGACCUCGUCUGACUACGAGCGUGCCGAGUGGAAGGACAUGAUCCGGGAGCAGCAGAAGAAAUGCUUUAAGAGCUUCUCCCUGAACUCCAUGGAACUGCAGAUGCUCACCAACUCCUGCCUGAAGCUCCAGACCGUCCACCACGUCCCUCUUAGCAUUAACAAAGAAGAGGAGGAGACUCCUGGCCUGCAUGGCUUCCUCACCGUGAUCAUCCACUCUGCCUCCGGUCUCAAGCAGAGCUCAAAUCUCUAUUGUACGCUGGAGGUCGACUCCUUCGGCCUGUUUGUGAACAAAGCCAAAACGCGGGUGUACAGGUACACCACAGAGCCCAAGUGGAAUGAGGAGUUUGAGAUCGAGUUAGAAGGCUCCCAGACACUGAGGCUGCUUUGCUAUGAGAAGAGCUACAAUAAAACAAAGAUGAACAAAGAGAGCAGUGAUGGCACUGACCGCAUCAUUGGCAAAGGACAGAUCCCGCUGGACACUCAGAUGCUCCAGGGUAAAGACUGGCAACGGACGGUCAUUCCCAUGAAUGGAAUCGAAGUGAAGUUGUCCAUGAAGUUCACCAGUAGGGAAUUCAGCUUGAAGCGAAUGUCUUCGUGUAAACAAACAGGCGUGUUUGGGGUGAAGAUCUCCACAGUGACCAAACGAGAGCGUUCGAAGGUACCCUACAUCGUCCGCCAGUGCUUGGAGGAGAUCGAGCGUAGAGGUAUGGAGGAGGUCGGCAUCUACCGCGUCUCGGGGGUGGCCACUGACAUCCAGGCUCUCAAAACGGCCUUUGACACCAAUAAUAAGGAUGUAUCAGUAAUGAUGAGUGAGAUGGAUGUGAACGCCAUCGCUGGAACAUUAAAGCUGUACUUCCGGGAACUUCCAGAGCCUCUCUUCACGGACGAGCUCUAUCCAAACUUCGCCGGGGGCAUUGCUCUCUCUGACAGUGUGGCGAAGGAGAGUUGUAUGCUGAACCUGCUCCUGUCUUUGCCUGAGCCUAACCUAGUCACCUUCCUCUUCCUACUGGAUCACCUGAAGAGGGUUGCGGAAAAGGAGAGUGUGAAUAAAAUGUCCCUUCACAACCUGGCCACCGUGUUCGGGCCAACUCUGCUUCGGCCGGCUGAGAAAGACAGCAAAAUCCCCGCCAAUCCCACGCAGCCAAUCAGCAUGGGUGACAGCUGGUCCCUGGAGGUCAUGUCCCAGGUGCAGGUUUUGUUGUACUUCCUUCAGCUGGAGACCAUUCCCACACCGGACAGUAAGAGACAGAGCAUACUCUUUUCCACUGAGGUGUAGAGUGGGUCUCCAGUAGCCACUGUUUACGCCUUACUCACUGGACCCAGGCGCGAGGGACGAGGGAGACCCCUGCUGGACAGUAGCGGGAAUGACGACGGUGCUCUCUCUCUCUCUCUCUCUCUCUCUCUCUCGCUUCUGUUCUACAUAUCACCACUAGAUGGCACCGCCACCAAACUGAAGACAUGGAUAACAACGCUGUACUAACACCUCCAGUGUAUCCGGACACAGCUUAGCAAUGUCUGAACGUUAGUCCUCUGUUCUGCCUUUUUGCUCUCCAGUGAAGAACUACACAGAUUGUGGGCCCUUACGCCAUGCUCCCAAAUCCACCUUACCCACCUCACAGCCCUGGACUCUGUCACGUCUGCCCGGCCGCCAUCGACGCUGCCUCUCGGAGCCUGCUGCUUCCUCCUACCUCCCUGCGUUUCCUUUCUGGUGCGCCUGCUCCAAGCCGUGGCGCUCUUAGGCUGCUAACAGACAGGCUGUGCUACACCUCCGCAGUCUGACAGAGGCUGGGUUCAUCGCCAGGGCUCCUACAGCUACAUCUGGCUAGCUUACACCCAGCUCUUAGGACCUUUCCUUUUUUCAGUAGUUAAAGUCCACAAGUUAGGAGAUAUAAGUUUCAAACCACAUACUUGAUUCUGUUUAUCGCCAGUGUUGACGUGGCGAAAGUUACAACCAUUUCAGCCUCAUGGAAGCAAUACUGAAGUAACCGCCGCCGGACGUCAGCGCGAGAGCUCCGGGGCAGUGGGUGUCUAACCGUUUUGCACGCGGCACACACACUACUCACGGGGAUCUCUUAGGUUUUUAGCUUACUCUGCUGAGAUAUAUGAAACAUGGGAAAGAAGACUGAAAUAUUUAGUUGUGUUUUCUCCUAGUCUCUGGUUUACUGAGUGGAGUACAGCUGUUAUCAGUUAGUAUUGUGUUGGCCUUAUGUAAGCAGUAGGUUAACUUUCUUCAAGUUGUUAUGUUCAGUAGACAGUUUUUUCUGUUGUGAUUAGUUGUUCUCUUCUCUUUUUUUUUUGUUCUGCCGACAUGUUUUUGUAUUGAGAGACAGCCUUGCAAAAAUGUGUAAGAACAUAACUUAAAAAGCCUACUACUAUUAGCUUUUUCUGAAGUCACGACUUUUUGGAAUAGUGUAAUUCGCAUUAAUAUAUAUUGUCAUUAUUUAUUUUGGGGACAGACAUUAUGAGCUUGCUCCCUUAUAAUUAAGUGUCUAGCUCAUGAGAUGCAUCAACCUGAUAGCUGGAGUGACCUUUGACCUUUUCUCUGUGUUCAGUUUGAUGCACAGGCGAGAAGUCUUCUCCCGCACACCCCGUCCUGUGAAGGACGCCGCGUUCUCGAGCUAGCACAAAGCCCUCUUAGAAUUAGAGCUUAAAACGGAGACGGAGCUCACGGCGGGACUCCAGUCUUUUCUGUCUCAGACGCCAGACACAUCCGUCUCACCUCAGCCUCGUCACAGAGGUUUCCUGAGGUAUAUGGAUGCCUCAGCCAUGUGGAUGUUUAGCACAGUGUAUGUUUUUUCUCUGUCUCUCUUUCUCACUAUUAUACAGCAGUGCCUCUUUGUGUCUGUGUAAGAAAUUACAGUAUGUGUCUAAGUAACGCUGUAUAUAGUCCUAUAUGUGGUGUCAUGGCCAAAAGUACAGACAGCACUGGUUUUUGUCCCCUGAUUUCUUGUAGGAUGCUUUGCUGAGGGAGGCUGUCCUCCCUGUUACACCUUACUCACCUUCAGCACUGUAACAUGCAGAAGCCAUUUUCUGCUGUGCCAACUAGCAUCCGCUGUUCAUAUCAGUCUCCACGCAGGUGAUUUACCCAUGCAGGAGAAGAUUAAAGCUCUUAAUUUUUUAAUAUUAUUUUCAUUUAAGGAAGUUACAAGUGGUUUAGUACCUUUAUUUAACAUGCAGGCAUGUUCAUUGAUUAAAGUAUUUUUGGACUGUUUUGUUUUAAUAUCAGUUCAGCUUGCGGUUGAUUUUAAACUGUAUUUUGGCUACUGCUUUCAAGACGUUGACGCCCGCAUCAAAUGUGCAGAUAACGGCCCCAUAAGGAAGGGGCGGGGCUUCGUUUUAAUUUCACUGUAAAGCACCUGACCCGCGGCAGGACGCGAUUUCACUGACCGCCGACUGGAGCAUCGCCCGAUCGGUUUCUCGUUCUGUCACACAUCAUUCCACUUUGUUUCAUGUCAGUAAGAUCACCUGUCAGUUAGUUCUUCCCAUUUAAGCGGAAUAUUCAUAUGAAUAUUCUGAAUAUUCAUAUUGGCAAUUCUUGCUCUCUCACUGCCUCAUACCCUUAUGGCUGCUUACAGAGGUAUACUGGGAAUACUGGAAAGAGUGGGGAGAUGCUUGUUUGAGUUUGGUUUUUUUUAAUACCUGAUGCUUGGCAUUUCUCAGACCUGAACACAACAUUGCUCAUCUCAGGUCCCUUCUCAUCUGCUGGGAGAUGAAACCGUGUUCCUCUUCCUCACGCUCCUCUUCCUCACGCUUCAGUCCAGUCGCUAGUGCAGGGCACUGCUGAGAGGCGAGUCUCUGCCAGCCAGGUUUCUGCCAGUAGAUUCAAAGGCAGAAGCCAAAUUCAUCUCCUUCCCGUAAUUAAAGCAGGACCUUAUACAAAACUCUCUGGUUGUGAUUAUUUCUUUAUUUAUUGUGCUGUUAGUUGUUAAAUGUUUAAGAAAUUACAUAUAGAAAUAGACAUCAACUGAGGGGAAGGAUAACAAUUUAUUUAAGAAUGGUUUGUUUGCAUUCGGCCACGAUUUUGAGAAAUCUUGCCACUUGGCCUUUGGUGAAGCUUCACUUCUCAAAGAGCAGCGUAAUAUCGCAGUCUGGUCUAGAGAAGACCAGCGCAGAACGGAGAGGUCGUGACCCUCCUUCCUUACUGGGCCUUGGAGAACAGGGAGUGUGAGUGUGAGCUUGAGAGAAGCGAAGACGCUCCAGUCUAACCGAGUCUAUGACGGCUCGCUCGAAGUGUGGAGCAGAAUUCCUAGUUGGUUAAUAUUAAAAAUUGCGAGACACCCAAAAACCUUUUGUAAUAGUUUUUGAAAUGUUAUUUUAUGGGCAUGUCUGUCAAACCCCUGGACAUUAUAUUAGAUUGUGUUAAAAGCUUUAAGGGUAAUUAUGAAGAUUGGUGGACAUCAACAUGUGGUGUUUUCUCCCCUGUAUCUUGCCAACAUCCCAACCACUACUGACCUAUCUAGCCAACAUGCUGGUGUUCUGGGUAUGGAGCUGUUAAAAGGGACACUUCUCUCUGAAAACUCAACAGUUUGGAAGGCGUUUGCAACCUCUGUUUGUACACAAAUGAUAAAUAAAGCCUCCUUUAUCUAUGUAA